GCGGGUUCAUCCAACUUCAUUCUACUCGAUGUUAGUCGAAAGAAGCAAAAGGUGGAGUUUAAGAGAAACCUAAAAGCUGUAUCUGGCGAAGAUCACCUGAUUCCAGCAAACAUGGAUGGAGGUCCCACCUGUGACCAGUGUGCAAAGACUUUCACCAGAAUCAGUGACCUUAAGAGACAUCUAUGCAUCCACAGUGGAGAAAGACCAUAUGAAUGUAACCAGUGCGGGAAGACUUUCACCAGAAUGAAUAACCUUAAGACACACCAACGCAUCCACAGUGGAGAAAGACCACAUGGGUGUGAUCAGUGUGGGAAGACGUUCACCCAAAUGGGUAACCUUAAGAGACACCUACGCACCCAUAGCGGAGAAAAAACAUAUGAGUGUGACCAGUGUGGGAAGACUUUCACCAGAAAGGGUGGACUUAAAAUCCACCAACACAUCCACACUGGAGAAAGACCAUAUGGCUGUGAGCAGUGUGGGAAGACUUUCACCCAUAUGAAAAGCCUUAAAAUACACCUCCGCCUCCACAGUGGAAUAAGACCAUAUGGCUGUUACCAGUGUGGGAAGACUUUCACCCACCUAUGUAACCUUAAGACACACCAACGCAUCCACAGAGGAGAAAGACCGUUUAACUGUGACCAGUGUGGGAAGACUUUCGCCCACCUAUGUACCCUUAAGACACACCAACGCAUCCACACUGGAGGAAGACCAUAUGACUGUUACCAAUGUGGGAAGACUUUCACCCGCAUGAAUGACCUUAAGAUACACCUAUGCAUCCACAGUGGAGAAAGACCAUAUGAGUGUGACCAGUGCGGAAAGACUUUCACCCUCAUGCAUCACCUUAAGACACACCGAGCCAUCCAUAGUGGCAAAAGACCAUAUGAGUGCGACCAGUGUGGGAAGACUUUUAUCCAAAUGAAUAAACUUAGGAUACACCUACGCAUCCACAGAGGAGAAAGACCAUAUUGCUGUGACCAGUGUGGGAAGACUUUCACUGACAUGAAUAACCUUAAAACACACCUACGCAUUCACAGAGGAGAAAGACCAUAUUAUUGUGACCAGUGUGGGAAGACGUUCACCCACAUGAGUAACCUUAACACACACCUACGCAUCCACAGCGGAAAAAGACCCUAUCACUGUGGCCAGUGUGGGAAGACUUUCACCCAAAUGAAUGGGCUUAAGAGACACCUACGCACCCACAGAGGAGAAAGACCAUAAAACUUUUGACCACUGUGGGAAGGCUUUCAGAGCCUUAUCUGUGUUAUUUUUUUGCCGUCAUGUUCACCAGAAGAAGUUGAUGUAUCCAAGUGAUAAGUGCGCAAAGAUACUCUGGUUUUCCAACUCUUACAAGUGUCACCAAUGGACUCAUACUGGAGAGAAACCUUACUAGUACAGAUUUUGUGACAGAUCUUUUAUCAUAGGUUCACAAUGUACCAAACAUGAAUGUGUCAAACAUUUCCACAAAGGACAACAACUGAACAACUGGUCAAAAAGUCAAGCUCCAGAGACUAGUAGAAAAAAAUCAGUGUCAUAACACACCAAAACAGUUUGAGUGUUAAAGAUGUGCAAAAAAGAUUAUGGUCAUCCCCUGCUUUCUCCUAUCAUCAGCACAGAUAUGAAUCAUCAACGUUACAUUAGAUGAGAAGAAGAAACAUAGUGUCUGAACCAGCAGCACCAACUUCUUUUGACAAGAACAUUAACCUUAAAAACCUCCAGAUCUGGCGCCAUAGAGUCCAGAUGUGAAGACAAACACCAGACUGAAAGCUGUGUUUUUUUGUCCUUAGAGUAAAGAAGUGUGUUCUAAUGCACCACUUUCACAAAACAGUGAUGUUACAGAACCUCAACCUGCCACAGCAUGUAAAGUUAAACUAGUGGAGGUCAACAAGGACGUGGUUUCAAAGGGGAUACUACUUCUAUUUAAGUACUGGUGUUGGUCCAUGAUUGUCGGAGCGGUGCACAGUGAAAAUGAAACUGAAGACACUUUACUAUUCCCCUAACACUCUGGGCCCACUCCACUGCUGUAUGGUCCCCCCAGGAAUGCUGGGCCCCAUGAAUUUGUCAUGUUUUACCCCCCCCCCCCCCUCUUAAUGGCGCCCCAGUUUGGGAAUAAUAAGAGGCCUUUUAGGUUUAUUAACAUCAGACAUUUGUGAUCAGAAAUGUUCCAGAUGCAGCUCAGUGGGAACUGCCAACCUGGAUGCUGCAACACUACUGACUUUGUGAUUGGGAGAUAGGCAAUGGGUGGAGCAUCAGGCCAAAACUCAAAAUGACAAGAUAAACAUUAUUUGCGGGCUGCCACUAACCUUUUCAAAUGUGAAUAUUCUGACUGGACUACUACUGUUAGUGAUAUCAGUAUUUGAAAUGAACAUGAUUCCUUGAUGUCUGGUGACA